AUGGAUUUUCAGGGGAGCAUGCAGCUACCCAGUUACUAUGGCCCAAAAAAGAGCUGCCUGUUCCCAGACCUAGCUCCCACCAGCACCACCAAGGAUGCUUAUCAGUCCUACUACCUACCAGGCUACCGCCACCUCAGCUCCUGGAGGCCCAGGCUGCUUCACAAAGUGGCUUUGGUCCCUCCUAUCCCUAACAAGCAAUUUAAUCCCACUGGGCAGUUGCCCACUAUUCUACCUGCGUUACGCUCUAGCCUGCAUACCCGCUACAGCACUUGUGACUGGCACCAUGAAAACAUGGUUCAGUUAAAAGAGUCUGAAGCCUCUAGGUACCAUGCUGGUAGACUGAACACUGAUUCAAUGAGACUCAUACAAGAUAAGGAUCAACUGACUUACCAGAUGCAAGAAGACAGUAGAAGAAACCUAAGAGAGAGGAUUGCCAAUAUUGAAUUCUGGAGAUCUGAGCUCAUCUAUGAGCUAGACUGUCUGCUGAAAGAGACCCAAGCCUUGGAGACGGCAAAGAAGCGGCUUGAAUAUACUGUCAGUGAAAUGCAAGGACCAUUGAAGGUAGCCCUAGAAUGCUUAUACCAUCGUGAGAAGCGUAAGGGCAGAGAUUUAGUCCACGACGAUGUGGAAGAGUGCCUCAUAAAGGAGGCUGAUGUAUUCAAGGACUGUCAAGAAAUACUGACAAAACUUGCAGAGAAAAUCAGUCAACAGUUGGGCAUUAACAGAGAUGUACAGCAUGCCCUGGAGCAAGAUCUUUCUGACAAAAACUCAGCCCAUUUUAUUGACGAGACAUGCUUUACCAUGAGAAAUACUUCAGAAAGAAUCAACUUUUACCCUGGAGUGGAAAAAGCAGAUGAGACUGUUUCAGUUCCUGCAACAUGGGCUAAAUUCAGCGAAGACAAUAUCAGGCGCUCUCAGCAUGAAAGGGCCAACUCUGUCAAGCUCCAAGAGGAGGCAGAGGCUGGACUGAAGAGCGUAUCUGAGGAGGUGUGGAAUCACUUCAUCGCUACCAACUUGGCCUUUAGCAAUCGUAUUGCUGAAGUAGCUGAUGCAAAGAAUAAACUCCAAGCACAACUGGCCAAGAUAAUUCAGGAGAUCUUCCAGACAGAAAAUACAAUCGCGUCACUGGAGAGAUCCAUAAAGGCAAAGGAGUAUCCACUUAAGGUUGCGCAGACGCGAUUAGAGGGAAGAACUAAACGACCCAAUGUAGAACUUUGCCGGGAUCCACCUCAGUUUCAGCUUGUCACUGAAGUUUACACUAUAGAUGACACUGUACAGACCUUAAAGCAACGCCUGCAAGAAGCUCGUGAUACUCUGCAUACACUGCUCCUCGACAAAUCAAGACUGGAACACGAAGUUGCCGUGAAGACGAACUCCUUCUUCAUUGACAAGAAGUGUAUGGACAUGCGUAAAACCUUCCCAAGCACCCUACGGCUCAUCGGCUACACCUGA